CUUGAAAGCCCCCGUAAAAUGGCGGUUACAUAGUCUGGUUUACUGUUACUUGGAUGAUCUAUGUUUAUUUUUAGGAUUUUCAGUGAUUUUGAUGAACCAAAGCAAGAAAACGGGUGUCAUAAAAAAGGACUUUCCACGCGAAUGGUUCGUAAGAAUCUAAUCCACCACUCAGUUUUUAGAUUGUGGUUUAAGACAUUUCAAUUAAACUGAAGGUGUUUAAGAAGACUAGAAGUGAUACCCUAAUCCAUUCAAUGUUAAAUUAUUGAAGUAAGUUAAUCCAACAACUCCAGGAUGUCUGAAUUAUUUCAAUAUGGACUUAGUAGCCGCGGAAGCAAAACACUGAAUUAUCAAGGUUAUGAAUACAUGAGACACCGUAUAACUGCCAGUUGUGUUUCCCAUUGGCGCUGCAUAAACCGAAGUGCCAGAAAUUGCAGAGCGAUCAUGCAUACCAUGGGAAAUAAAAUAGUGAAGCAUCCGACAGAACAUACAUGUGACGGGACAACAUCUUCAAAUCAAAUGGAUAAUUCAAAUAUAUCCAAACAUACUUUAGAAAAUCUAAAUCUUGUAAAUGUCAUUUUCACUGAUGACCUUGACACUAUAGACCCUGUGAAUAAGUUCAUGGGCAAAGAAGAGGUCCAAUCACCGCUUGAGAAAAAUGUUAGUAUCCCAGAGCCUGAAAGUACAGACAGAAAUCUAUUCGAGUUCGAAUACCAGACAUAUCUGGAGUCUGAGAAGACAGACCACAGUUCGAGCAGCCCUAUAACUCAAUAUUUGAUUCAAGUACAUCCAGAGAAAAAUGCAACAAGAGAGCAGUUGGUAACUCCACCGGUGGAUAAUAACGUAUACUCACAACUAAUUUUUUCGGAAAAAGAUGAAGGCUCGGCUCAAAUUCAAACUCCUGUAAAUAUAAAGCAAGAGACGUUAAAUGAGCAGACAAUCAACGAAGGGCUUGUGCAAGAAGAAUUGGAUAUAAAGGAUGAAGAAUUUAUUUCACCGGGUGAAAACAACAAUCAAGAGUUAGCUGAGGAUAAUAAUUUUUCUCCUAUUACUUUGAGUAGUAGAAGGAAGAGAAGAAGCACCGAAUUCUUUAACAAUGAUGAGUUAUUCAACAUUCGGUUGAAGGCGGCAAAAUUAGAAUACCAGAAAAAGAAAGAGGAACUAAAUUUCCUUAAGAUGAGGGUACAAAACGAAAAACAACAUAACGAACUGAGACUGAAAAUCAUGCUUCAGGAAUGUCACAAUCUUCAAUAAAUAUACAUUAAAAUUUUGAAAUAUAUAA